AUGCUUAUGCUGGAAUACGAGUCAUGGUGUUGCCAGCUCGUUGUUCGGAGGUCGCCGCUUGACGUCGAGUCUUAUAAUAGUAAUUUGGCUUCUCUCAAUUUGUAUUUUGCUCAUCUCGUCAUAAUGGCCCGUAUCAAAUAUAUUGAUUUCUACUACCUUGAUGCAUUAGUACAAUGGAAGGGUCGGGAGGCCGAGUACAGAAAAAAUAUUCGACUUCUUAAACUGAUUGAUCUUUCAAGCAAUAAUUUAGUCGGAGACAUUCCUGAAACAUUUUCAUCUCUCAAGGGAUUAAUUUCCUUAAACCUGUCGAGAAACAGCUUGACAGGAAACAUAAAUCCCGACAUUGGUCAGAUGGAGGUGUUAGAAGUCCUUGAUCUAUCAAGAAACCAACUCUCCGGCACAAUACCCGUCGGCAUGGCACAGCUGCAUUCGUUGGCGGUUCUUGAUUUGUCGAACAACAAUUUAUCAGGCAAAAUCCCAUCAAGUACCCAACUACAGAGCUUCAAUGAGUCUUCCUAUGCCGGAAAUCCCAAACUAUGCGGGCCCCCUCUUGUGUCUUGCCCGGGAGACAAACUCAUCCCGGACACCACCGAUCAAGGGAGACAUAAUAACAAAGAGAUGAAGGACGAUGAAGAUGAAGGUGGCUUUAUUCUGAUGAGAAUAUCUUUUUGGAAAGAGGUUGGCAUAUCGAUUGUGUUUGGUUUUAUUGUUGGGUUUUGGGGAUUUGUUGGUUCUUUAUUGAUCAAGAGGUCAUGGAGAGUUGCAUACUUUAACUUCUGGGGUCGUGUCGGAGAUUGGUUCUAUGCUACUACAAUUGUGUUUUUCGGAAAACUUAGGCGCGCCUAA